AUGGAAGAUCUGGAAUUAAUCAAUGAAGGACCAAGUACUUGUGACCCUUCUGAAGUUGUUGGUUUUGAAUCUUAUGAAGCUGAACUUGAAGGUUGGUUAUUAGACAAUGAAUUCAAGCACAAAGUGAUUUUCAUAGUCGGCAUGGGAGGACUUGGAAAAACAGCUCUGACCAAGUUAGUUUAUAACAAGACUCACAUCAGUGAACACUUUAGCUGCCGAGCUUGGGUUACAGUCUCUCAAACAUUCAGUCACCAAAAGGUCAUAGCUUCAAUGGUAAGGCAGUUUCAUCAGGCAACUACAGAUUCUGAUCCAUCCGAACUUGGCCAUGAUUUGAACAAUGAUGAUCAAGAUCAUCAGCAACUAAUACAUGGUAAGUUGUUGCAACGCUUGUUGGAAGAAGAAAGGUAUAUGGUUGUGUUUGAUGAUGUGUGGGAUGUAAGUUUGUGUGAGCAUAUGAAAAACGUUUUACCAAAAACCAAACGAGGUUGUACAAUAAUAAUCACAACUCGGGUUUACAAGAAUUUGGAUAUUUGGUGGUCAGAAUAUUUCUUUGUUCAAUUCAUGGAGAUGCAGCCUCUUGAGCCAACAAUGGCCUUGAAACUAUUCAGCAAAAUUGUGUCCCAACAAAUCACAUUUUUCCCACCAGAGAUGGAGAAAUUGUCUCAUGUAAUCGUCGAAAGAUGCGAAGGCUUACCGGCUGCUUUGGUGGCUGUUGGUAGAUUACUGUCAACUAAAGAAAAAACCUUCCUUGGCUGGGAACAGUUCGUUAAAGAUUUUUCUUCAAUGUUGAAGUCGAAUCCUCUUCUGAUGGAUAUGACAGAGAGUUUACUGCCUGAGUUUGGGUAUCUACCUUUGAGUAUUGAAGCUUGCUUUCUCUACUUAGGUGUUUACCCCAAGGACUAUUUGGUUAGUUGGGGAAGGUUAGUAAGGCAAUUGGUUGCUGAAGGAUUUGUUGAAAGUGAAGAUAUGGGAGAUGACCACUUGAAUGAGCUUGUGAGUUUAAGCUUGAUUCAGGUGUCAGAUGCCAAUAGUACUAUUGAUGGGAAACCAAGAUGGUGUCGAGUUCAGAAUUUAAUGCGCGAAGCUAUCCAAUUGGUAUGUGGUGGAGAGUCUGGUUUUGUUCGCAAUAGGCAGCCAGAGACUAACAAAGAUAGCUUCACUGAUUCACUCAUACGCCCUCGUUUUCCUUACAUGGUUGGUGAGCUCAUUGAUCCUUUCAAUAGUGCUAAAUGGUAUGCAAAUGACAGGUACAAGCUCCUGAAGCUUUUGGAUCUUGAAGGCUGCCGCGAUCGAGUUUAUGUUCCUGAAGAAGUUGGAAAUCUGAUAUUUCUAACUUACUUAAGUGUGAGAAACACAACAAUUAUGAUGCUUCCAAAGUCCAUAGGUAAGCUGCAAAGGCUUGAGACUUUGGAUUUGAAGUACUCUCUUGUAUGUGAGCUGCCACACGAAAUAAACAAUCUUCAUGAGCUAAAAUACAUUCUGGCAUACUACUAUGGCAAAAGAAGAGAUACCCAUUUGAAUGGGGUACGAGGAAUAAAGAUAAACGAGGGGUUUGGCUAUUCGGAUGGACUGAGGAAGCUCUAUCACAUAGAAGCAAACAGUGAUGUUGGACUAAUGAAAGAGCUAAGAAAGUUUAGCCAGUUGAAGAAGUUAGGCAUUACAAAGUUGACAAAAGAAACUUCAAGAGCUUUAUGUACUUCAUUUGAUACCAUGUACCAUCUCGAAAACUUGCAACUGUUUACUUCGAAUUCAGAUGAGAUUCUUGACUUGAGUUCACUCUCAUUUGCCUCACAUCUUCGGUCUCUCCACUUGGAAGGUUGUCUUGACAAGUUGCCAGACUGCAUUCCCCGGCUUCAAACACUAGUAAGAUUAACUCUACGCUUCUCAAAGUUGACAGAUGAUCCACUAGAGGACAUUCAAUAUCUAAUCGCAUUGAUCAAGCUGGAGCUCUACGAGGCCUAUGAUGGCGAGCAGCUGCGGUUCAAGAAUGGCGGGUUUCAAAACUUGAAGGUACUAAGCAUAAGAGGGUUGCCCAGAUUGAAUUCAAUAAGUAUAGAUGAGUGGGCAUUGCCUUGUCUUGAAGAGUUUACAAUUGGAGAGAGUCCAAGACUGAAGGAAAUACCCCUUGGGAUCCAGCACUUGAGAACCCUGAAAAAUCUUAAAUUUUAUGAUAUGGGAGAUGAUUUUGGACUGAGUAUGGUACCAAAUGGAGGCCAACAUUGUUAUGUAGUUCAACAUAUACCAGAUGUUCGUUUCUAUUACAAACGUGAUGGAGUAAAACGUUAUGACGUUUACCCUCUUCGUUGA